AUGUUUAGACAAAGCGUAGCAUCCAGGUUAGUACAAAACUCAUCCGUCAAAACAUUGGCCAUCUACAAUAACAUUCGUUUCAUUUCAUCUUCACAAACUUUGCUCAAACCAGCUUUAGCUGCAGAAACAACCGAAUAUUUACCCACUGGAGGAUCCACACAAUCAGCAUGGCCAAAGGGUUUCAGACAAGCCAAGCCAAAGACUUGGGAAGAAGGUCAUGAAUCGGCAUUGAGUAAAGCUACAAAAUACUUUUUCUUGAGUGAAAUAGCUCGUGGUAUGUAUGUCUGUUUGGAAAUGUUCUUUAGAAGUCCAUAUACGAUAUAUUACCCAUUUGAGAAAGGUCCAAUCAGUCCCAGAUUCAGAGGAGAGCACGCAUUGAGGAGGUAUCCAAGUGGUGAAGAAAGAUGCAUUGCUUGUAAAUUAUGUGAAGCUAUCUGUCCGGCACAAGCAAUCACUAUCGAAGCUGAGGAAAGAGCUGAUGGAUCAAGAAGAACAUACAAAUAUGAUAUCGAUAUGACCAAGUGUAUUUAUUGUGGUUACUGUCAAGAAAGUUGUCCUGUUGAUGCUAUUGUUGAAAGUCCAAAUGUUGAAUACUCCACUGCCACAAGAGAAGAAUUAUUGUACAACAAGGAAAAAUUGUUGGAUAACGGUGAUAGAUGGGAACAAGAGUUGCAAUACUGUAUCGAUGCCGAUGCUCCAUAUCGUUAA